AUGUUCAAAGCAACGUUUCGCCUGUGGACUUGUCGGGUUCCCCAGCAAAUGUCCGUCUGGCAUGAACUCUUCCACCUCGUCUAUAUCAUCAUCAUGAUCCUCCCAGUCAUCGUCUUCAUUUCCAUUUCCCUUCCAUCCCCAAAACCAACCACAUUCUCUCACAUCACAACAAGCCACACCCACCAUCCUACAGUCUUUACCACAACCACACAACACACACACAGCACACACACACCAACUCCAGCUCCCCCCCUCCCAAACACAGAUCCCACUUCCUCCUCCCUCAACCCCUCCCCCCUCUCAAAGAUGCCAUCCUCCCCACCAACCCGUCCCACAAACCCAACCCCCUACUCCAUCCGCAACCUCGUUCCCGCACCACUCUUCUCAACCCAACCCUCAUCAUCAACCGCCUCCGUCGCGCCCCUCCGCCUCACCACAAAACCAGACUCCUCCCUUCCGUCCUCCUCAAACAACCGAUCCCUUCCCAACAUCAACCACUACCACCGCAUCUCCAUCCACCCCGCCCACGGCUCGACCCCCGCAAAAGUCCAGUACUGGAUCGCGGCCGACCAUGUUCUCGGCGAUCGCCUCAAGGAAACAAAUGUCCCGAGGGGCCAUUGGGCGCAGCUGGUGCAGCUUGCCAAGACGGCGUGUGACGAGUGGCAGCAGGGUCUGAGGGAUGAAAAGGUGAGGGUUAUUAUUACGGCGUUGUAUUGUCCUGAUGGCGAUGGCGAGGUGGAGAUGGCUGUUGAGACGCAUCUUUUGAAUGAAGAGUAA